ACGUAGAUUUUAAGUCCACGCGCACGUUAAAUGAAAAGUUCGAUAUAUGCACCGUCUACCAUUUCCUAAGUUUUGCGUCGCAGUUCGCCAUUCCGUAUCGGCUCAUUCGAAGUGUAACAUUCUCUUACGGCUCGAAGUUCCAGACUAUUGCGAAAAAAAUCCUUUCCGCGCAGUUUCGAAAAAACUGCUAGAAUACUUUGAAUUUUACGCGUUUUGUGUUGUCCGAUCACCAUCGAUCUUUUAUCGUAUCGUUACACGCUCGUAUCGUACACUGUAAAAUUUGUGAACGCUGCAAUUCCACGUUAUCCGCAUUAGGAUCAGAAAUGUCAGUUAUGGAAAAUACUAAAAAAAAUACCAGACAAAGGAAAAAAGAACUACAAAACAAUAUUGAAAAUGAAUUAUCAGACAAUAUCGAGAAACAAGAAGAGAAGAAUGAAGAGCCACCAAAGAAAAAUCUCAAAUAUUAUUUUAAUAGAUUUAGAUACUAUCAUUAUUAUUAUGCUGAGAAAAUUAAUUCUUUCAUCACAAUAGUAUGCAUGUGGAUCCUUAAAAUUCAGUUCUACUUAAUGGGUUUUAGAGUUAAUGGACUUCCCUCAAUUCACGAAAUUGAGGAACGUGGUUUAGAGGAAAAAUGAAUUUAAGAGACACUAUUAUAUUAUUUUAUAACUCCAACUAUACUUAUAUGUGUGUAAUCCAAUUAAAUAUAAAAAUAAAACAAAAAAUCCAACAUAAUAUAUAGGCUGCAUUCGAGAAGCGUGCUAUCAUAAGCUACGUUCGGCAUGAGUGCUAUCAGCAGUAUUUCGUUCUUGUUUUCCAUCCAAUUAACAAUAAAGACAAAUAACAUUACAGAAUAACGCUGAUAGCGCUCGAAUGCAAUCAUAGUAAAAAAAACGUCUUGAAAAAAACUAAGAAAAUCGUCACAUUAUCUUAACCAAUGCAUUGAAUAAAGCAAUGAAUAAAGAAUUGUCUUAAUUGA